AUGUCAUCUUACUUUUCUUCUUCGUUUCUUGUAAUCCAAAUUCCAACAGCAACAACGGUUUCUGCUGUGAAGCAGAUGGCGCUUUUCAAACCUCUCAAUCUGAAUUUUCGAAACGGCAGAUGCAUCCAACGGCAGUUGAAUCACCGUGCUCGCUGCCACAGCUCUGUUAAGCCAUUGCGGUUACGGUGCUCAACUCCUUCCAGUGGCGGGAACCACCUCCAUGAUGAUGCUAUUGUUCUCCAUGUUCGGGGAAUGAUGUGUGAGGGAUGUGCAUCCAGCGUCAAGAAAAUUCUAGAAACUCAACCACAAGUGUUAUCUGCUACUGUGAAUCUAGCAUCAGAGACAGCACUGGUUUCACCUUUAUUAUCUCAAGAUAAAACUCCACCAAAUUGGCAAAAGCAGCUAGGAGAAACACUUGCACACCAUUUAACUACAUGUGGUUUUACUACUACCCUUAAAGGUUAG